GAGACUCGAUUACCCCUCUCUCUUCUCCGUCACUCUCAUUCAUCCUUUCUCUCUCUCUCCUUCCCUUCACCUCCCUCUGGCUCUCUCUGCUCUCCCCGAUUCCAGUCAUUCACAAUCGGAGGACAACACCACCUGCUACCAGAUCUUCAUGUUGAGAAGACGGAAGAAUUAUAUAUUCAGCUGAGUCAACCGAGCGUCAGACUGUGGCAGCAAUCUGGCUGAGUGCUUCAUGAUGGGAUACUUUAGGUCAACAUGGCAGAGGACUUCCUCCACAUCACAUGGCAUAUCAAGGCUGCAGUCUCUGAUGCCGCUGUUCUACAUUUGAUGGCAUCAUUCUGCUGUCAAGCAAUAAAGUAUAAGCAAAACAAGUGAAAAUAAUGAAGUCAAGUCAAGUGGAUAUCAUUUAAUAUAGUUCACUCACAUUAAACCCAUUGACCAGUUAAUGUUUUGGCCUGAACUCCAUAGCCUGGCACAGGCAGACGCAUCACACGUGUCUACCUGAGGCUGCCCUUCCAUUUUAUGGAGGCCUUGCAUAGUUGCCUGACGACUGGGGAGCAGUCCGGAGGUCAAGAACAUUGUCAACCAGAGUCUCCUCACCGAGGCCCGCAGCCUAAGUCUCCCUCCCUGCCCCGUCGGCAACCGCAAACUGGCUCCCCGAAGCCCCAUGGCACACCACAGCAACCCAAACAGUCCAGAAGACAGCAUUCUGAACGAAAACGUCUUAGGCACCAGCGACAGAGCAUUGACUCGGAGACAGCACUGGAACAAAAAGAUGAGGCAACAACAGCAAACACAGUUUCUAGUUUGCAGCCAGGAGACCCACCUUUCUCAGCAGGUGGCGCAAACCAAUCCAAACCAGAAAACCAGGAGGGCACCCCAAAACAGAAACGUGAGCGUAAGCCUCAGAGACCAGGCAAAUAUGUCUGCACUUACUGCGGCCGUGCAUGUGCAAAGCCUAGUGUCCUACAGAAACAUAUUCGCUCCCAUACAGGUGAAAGACCCUAUCCCUGUGCCCCAUGUGGCUUCUCUUUUAAGACCAAGAGUAACUUGUACAAACACCGCAAGUCGCACACCCACAGGGUGAAGGCAGGUCUGGCACUUGGGGAGCCGAGAUCUUUAGAGGAGCAAGUCACUGAGUCGGAAGAUGAAACCAGACAAUUAUCAUCAGCCUCUUCCCUUACAGAAAGACGAGGCAGUGUCACCUCAAUCAAGAGUCUUGAAACAGACAGGCCCAAAGAUUGCACUGGAGGAAAUGAUGACUCCUACGCAGUGAAAAAAAGACUGGCCCUGCGUCUAAGUAGAGGAAAACAUGGUCCUCGAGACUCAUCGGACGAAAAGACCUCAUCUCUAAUUUUAGGGAGUAAAGGCAGUACAGAAUCAGGCUAUUUCUCUCGCUCUGAAAGUACAGAGCAGUCACAGGACAGCCCCCCGAACACAAGUGCCAAAAGCUACGCAGAGAUCAUCCUCGGCAAGUAUGGGCGUCUCGGACACCUACAGAGGAUGUCUCGGCACCAGAACCAGCAGCCCUCUGGUCAGGAGGACAAAAACAUCCCAUUCACGGUCCCCAAGAAACAGGUCAUUGACCAUAUCACCAAACUCAUCACUAUCAAUGAGGCAGUGGUGGACACCAGUAAAAUUGACAGUGUAAAACCAAGGAGAUUCUCACUGUCCAGGAAGAAUAGUUCAGAGUCUCAAAAGAGUUCAUCUGUGAAAGAAACACUUAUUCACAGCCCUAAAGCUGGAGAUCUGGGCUAUAAAAACAGUGGCUCCAUCACCAUGGGAGUUCCAUGUGAAAAAUUUCAUCAUCCAUCUCUAAAUGUGGAGCAGCCAGCUGGCCAAACAUCCACCGCCCCUUUGGUGAGAAGUCACUCAAUGCCAUCUGCAGCCAGUUCAUUUGACGCCUCCAGUGGCGGCCUCAGUAAGUUCCGCUUAAGUCAGUCCUUUGAUGAACGACCUUCUUCCCGUCGUUAUGGGAUGCUAAAACGGCAGCCAGCUAUUGAAAUCCCACUUGGUGCCGAACUUACAGAGGAGGAACAUGAGGGUUCUCAUUCACUUUACCCUGACAGCGUUACCACUGUGCCUGACCACAAGCAAAGCCAACCACAGCCAUAUGAGUGUGAGGCCUGUGGAACUGGAUGCAAAGAUUGGGAAGGUUAUAAGAAACACAAGCAAAGCCUGUGCUUAGCACAUCAUCCCAGAAAUGAGGUGGUAAUUAGUCAAAUGGGGUGCUCACAACUAAUUAACCAUGCAGUCAGAGCAGGAGCUUCAGCAAUGCGUAAAAGAAGGAAAGAAGAGAGUUUUGAAUUUGAUGAUCCCUCUUCUCCUUCAUUACCGUCUCCAGCCCUUUUGUCAGGACAGUGUAAAGACGAAAGCAAUGCCGUUUAUGAGGGCCCCAGAAGACCUACACUACAAACCUGUUCAGUGAUUCAGCACACAAGUUCAUUUGAAAAACAAGAAUCUUUGUGCAAUGAGAGUCAAGGCACUGAGGCAACAAAAAACUCUCCACCUCAUGAGGAAUAUCAACUCGUGCCUCAGAAACAAUCCCAACAGUCGACAAAACUGGCAACUCGAAAGCUGGUCCGCCAACACAAUGUGCAGGUUCCAGAAAUCCUGGUCACAGAGGAUUCCAACAUGAGCACAGGGACCUCGGUAGAGCCAAGCUCGACAGCAAAACAUUCAGAGAAACCUGAUGAAUUUCAGUGGCCACAGAGAAGUCCCUCUUUGGCCCAGCUCCCCAUCGAAAAGCUUCCCCCAAAGAAGAAGCGCUUACGUCUAGCCGAGGCUGCCCAGUCUUCUGGGGAUUCCAGUUUUGACUCUAUAUCCCUGCCCCGCAGCCCGAGUCAGGACAGCAGCACAUCAUAUGCAUCCAGUCGUUCCACAUCCUUUGAGGAGUCAAAUAGACCAGAUAUGGAGAUAGCAGGAUCAGCCCCACUGAGGAGAUCAAGAGCUCCUCACAUGUUGACGGUGCCUGGGGUGCAUCAGCACAGAGAGAUGAGGCGCUCAGCAUCGGAGCAGGCGCCUCAUGACCCACUACCAAGUGUCCUAAUGGCCGAGACUCGCAGUAAGUCUUUUGACUACAGUUGUCUGUCGCCUGAGCGCUCUGCAGUUGGCUGGAGGGAAAGAAGAAAAUGUCUCCUUAUGAGGCACACUGCUGUCCGAGAUCCGGAUGAGGAAGAAGAGGAGCAGUGUACUGCACCGAGCCGUAGUCCCGAACAUGUCAGCUCUACCACGUCUUCUCAAGCAAGCCCGACUUCUUUGUACUGCAGCAGGUCCUCUACAUCUCCUUCAUCAGUUGACACAGUCAUGCGCAAUCCAGUAAGAUUACAAAGCAAAGAGAUUUUCUCUCAUUGGAAACUCAGUCAAAAUAUUCAGUUAACAGGCAGCACAGAACUUACACCUGUAGAUCCUGUAAAAGAAGAGGCUUCACAUAUCCGUACAGAGCAGCCACCUCCUCAAGCACCACAGCCCUAUCCUACGCAUGGACCAUCAGGGGCAGCCAGAGCUCGCUACCUCCCCAUGUCUACAGGGCUGAAGCUAGAGAUUCCUUUACUACACGAUGAUUAUUCAGAGGUUCGAGUAAAUCCCUCCAGCAUGCAGCACUCCGUCCCUCACAUCACUUCCAGUCUGGAAUUACUGAGGCCAGCUGCAUCUCCAGCAGUAGCCGUGCGUCUACAAACAGACACCCUCACCCUAGCAUGUGCCAUAUACACCACAUUUUCUCAGUCCACCUCCCCCAGGCCUCAGGAGGCGGUUGAUGCUGUUUCAUACAAUAUAAGUAUCCCGACAGCUGAAUACAGAAACCACAGGAACAUAAGUCCAGAUGCUCAGUCGUGGUCUGACGAUGGCCUGAGGAUAUCAGGCUCAGGGGGUAACAAGCGCAUGCUUUCCCCUUCAAACAGCAUUGAGCUCCCCCCUGAGUCACAGCAGCAGCAGAAACGAGUAAAAGAAGAAGAGGAGGGGGAGGCUGGGUGUGUUGACAAGGCCUCAGUGGACACAUGCAAUCAGGAACUGAAAAGGGAGAGUCAGACACCCAGUGUUUGUUCUCCCAUCACACAUGUUGGUCCAACAUACCCCAGUCUGCUGUCCAGCACCUGUAAUAGCUGGUGCUAUUUGAACUACAUUAAACCAAACCCUUCUGCUCUGGAUGAACAGAAGCCCUCAGUGUAUUCAUCGUGGACUACAAGCGGCUAUGACCCCAACCCACCUGGCCUUUCCAGCAAGACAGCUCUCUCUCUGCUGCACUGCAAGCAGAGGCUCAGUCCCUCCAUCUACACUGUGUCCCCCAUGUCAGUCAGGACAACUGAGUCAAUGGAGCAGGAGGACAACAAAAGACCUCGCUCCACUGAGGUCUACAACAGCCAGUCGUACUGCAGAGACCAUGAGGGAACGAGGAAAGAACAGCAGUCAGCAGAAGACGACGGUUCAAACAGAAAAGAGGAGAGGGAGGAAGAGAAGAAGAACGAGGAGGAGGAGGAAGUACAGUCCUGCUCCAGAAAUAAACAACCUCCCAAAGUCUGGAUCUCUGAGAGAGGAUCAAAUGAGAAGUAUGCUGUCAUGCAGGGUGGAGGUGGAGGUGGAGGGAAGUGCCAAUGUGAUGACUGUGGAUUCCAUCUUAAGAAUACCACACUGCAGACGUGCACCCAACAUAUUGCAGAAUCCCCAUCAUACAACUGCAAACACUGUACCCUUUCCCUCAAAGCCAAAGGAAGCCUCAUCGAACACCUGAGAUCCGAGGCACAUGGAAAACAAACCUGUUGUUACCCAGAUGAAGGAGUCUCGCUUAACACAGAUAAACAAAAACAUCGCCAGUACUCGGAUCUGGGGAAAUGUGGACAUGAUGCGGAUGCAAGGGACAAAGAUGGCGGACGCGAUGAAGACAAAAGGUGCAAAGUGGCUGAAAACUCUCACAGCUCCUCUUCUGAUAGUGAGAAACCUCCUACAGGAGGGAUGGAGCCUGCACCCAGCCAGUCCGCCCCGCUUCCCCCCAAGACUUCUUUUACCCAGAAGAGUUCGGCCAGCACCAGGAGGGCCCUGUUCGCCCGCAGACGAUUCGACGAGUCUGCAUCGGUGUCUCAGGCCCUGAUGCCACAGAGGGAGCCGUCGCCACCUCGUAGCCCGUCACCCAGGCCCCACCAGUCCCCUUCCUCCCCCUCGCCAUCUAGCUGUCACGUCACCACCUCCACUCUGAGACCAAUGUCCCCUGUAAGAGGUCUUUCUCCUGUUAUAGUCCACUCCCAUGGGUCAGAGUCCUCGGGGCCUCCUGGCUCCCUAGCAGACACCUAUGCUCAGUGUCUUCAUCCAAGAGACCUGCCAUCUACAGCCAGACUGUCUGUGGACGAGGUUGGUCUGACCCACAUCACCCCACAUCCCACACGGCCUCGGGGAGCCCACAACCUCCUGAGUCACCUCCCUCUGCACUCCCAGCAGCCCAGCAGGUCUCCGAGCCUCCUGAUUCCCAUCGGGGGGAUUCACAUGAUUCAGCCCAGGUCCACCCUCCCCGUGUACAGCCUGGUGAGCAGCCCCAUAGCAGCCACAGCCAGCCCCGCGGGGACAUCCUGGAGACGAAGUGCCGCUCCGAAGGGCAGGUUUCCUCUGCUGCAGCGCCAGGACACACUCAAAGAGACGUCGCCCAGCAGCCGAGCCAGCCCCCAGGACCCCGAGGCGUCAGGGGGGACGUCUGGGUCCGGGAGCGGCAGAUCAGACACUUUAUUACACACUCGAGGAUGCUUCAGCGUCCGGCAACGGUCGAGUCCCGGGACAGAGGCGAAGCAUCCUGAGAUCGGCACAGACGCACACGUUGCAGAGAGGUGUGUUUACCCCGAGACCACCCAAGGCCAAAAAAAGGCUCCUUCCUCCCAGACACAACUCUGAUAGGAGGGAGAGUCUGAAGGGACAGUGCAAAAGACUGAACCAGGGUCUGUUGUGAAAACACAGGCCGGUUUGGAGACGAAAAGGCAAGAGCACUUCAGCACCGCUUCUGAAUGACGCUAUUAUGUAAUUAUAUGAAUAAUAUAUAUAGACACUAUGUUAGAUAUGCAGUAUGUUUUGUAAAUCUUUUUUUACCCUUUUGUUCGAUGUCAUCGGUGUUAAUUUAUUUAUGUGCUAUUAUGCAAAUUCUGUACUAUAUGCAAAAGCAGCUGGAAUGAAAAUAGACAAAGUUUUAAUCAGUUUCCCUAUUAACCCCUUUGACAGCUCUAAUAUACGAUUGCUGUGUUAAUGUACUGUAUUACCAAAAUGGAUAUAGAAAGGUACUACAAAUAUUUAUUCACCCGACCAGUAUUUUGAAGUGCAAUUUUAUGUCAAGAUUGUGGUUUGAACUGUCAUUCUUAAAGGCUGUGAUUCUUAUUAUUUGUCAGGUUAUUUUCGUUGUUGUUGUUGUUGUCGUCGUCUUUGUUUGUGUUUCAAGAAGCAGGGUUUACGAUCACCUCCUUUUCUAAUGUCUUCAGGAAAAGAAGUUUCAGAUCAAGACAUUUGGAGUGCACUGACAAAUACUUUGAUAUCCAGAGGAAACCUGUUUCACGUACAUGGUAGCUACGGUACAGUUUUUUUCAUAAACAGAUACAUGUAUUUUUGUGUUGUUGCUUUUAUAAAUGAUACAAUCACUCUGUCAUUUUCAUGUUUACCAUUAAACUUCUCAUUUUUACAGAUU